CGGGGUCUGGGGCCAGGCAGUGUCUGUAGCAGCUGCUGUCGCCGCUGCCGCCGCCGCGCUGAGGGGCCUCAGGCAGAGACUAGCGCAAUAGGAAGACGGAACUCGCCUCGCGGAGGAAGCCGGCGUCCAGCUUGUCUUGGUUGCGACCCAAGUUCAGCCGCGGCUCUGCGGCGCGCAGGGCUCCGCUCUCACUUCCUCUCCUCAGCUGGGCGGCGCUCGCCCUUCGCCCCUGUUGCCCACUGGCUGCUCGCCCCGAGUUGACACACGCCGAGCAGAUGUGAGCGAGCCUGGCCAGAGCUCUGCAGCCGCGCCACACAGCCCGCUCGUUAGCAGCAGUGUCCCGCCAGCUCCCAGCGGGAGAAAUAUGUGGCAGCCGGCAAGCGAGAGACUGCAGCACUUUCAGACCAUGCUGAAGACUAAGCUAAAUGUAUUAACUCUUCGGAAGGAACCUCUCCCCACGGUGAUCUUCCAUGAACCAGAAGCGAUUGAACUGUGUACCACAACUCCUUUGAUGAAGACCCGGUCACAUGCUGGAUGCAAGGUUACAUAUUUGGGUAAAGUUUCCACAACAGGGAUGCAGUUUUUGUCAGGUUGUACGGAGACACCAGUCAUUGAGUUGUGGAAGAAGCAUACUCUUGCCAGAGAGGACGUCUUCCCAGCUAAUGCCCUUCUGGAAAUCCGCCCCUUCCAAGUUUGGCUUCAUCAACUGGACCUCAAAGGAGAGGCCACUGUCCACAUGGACACCUUCCAAGUUGCACGUAUUGCUUACUGCACUGCCGACCACAAUGUCAGCCCAAACAUUUUUGCUUGGGUUUAUCGGGAGAUCAAUGAUGAUUUGUCCUACCAAAUGGACUGUCAUGCUGUAGAGUGCGAGAGCAAGUUAGAGGCCAAGAAGUUGGCUCAUGCCAUGAUGGAGGCCUUUAAGAAGACUUUCCAUAGCAUGAAGAGUGAUGGUCGGAUCCACAGGAAUAGCUCAUCUGAAGAAAUGUCUCACGAAUUGGAAUCUGAUGAUGGCUGACUUAAACUCAUUACUGAUUAAGCAAAAGCAGAAAAUGGCCCUGGGAAUAGAAGCAUAUAGAUGAAUAAGCAACAGAUCAAUUUGGGAGUGAUGAGGUUCCCAACACUUGACUGAUUAGUUUUUCAAAAUAAAGAAGCAAUUCAGUAAAUUCCCUAAAAUAUAUGCAUCUUUAUAAUAAUUGCAUCACAUUGAAAUCUGCUGCUGCUGUUUAAAAAUGUGACAAAGUUUUGUUCUUGUGUUUCCAUUUUACCUUCAAAAACACCUUCCAGCCUCAUUUUGGCCCUUAUAGUUCAAGCUCAUAAAGAUGAUAAAUUAUUUCAGUUUAUUUGUUGAAGUCAAUGGAAUAAUUCUAAUGACAGAAUCCUCUAGGAUUUGUUGCUAGGGUGUGAUGCAGUUGCAAAUGGGAUUUCUUUCUAGAGAGAGAAUACAGUUUGGUGGCCUACUGCUAAUCCUGUUGACCACCUCCAGGCUGAAGUAGCUACCUGCAGUCUUUAGAUUCAUAGCCUGAAAGUCUACAUUAACUCACAUUUCACAGUUUGAAUAUUCAGAUGCUUAUAUUUACAUUAUAAUCAUAUGUUAUAUUUUAUUUUAUUCAUUUUACCUUUUUUUAAAUGUACCUGCAGCCACUCAUCUUCCACUUAACCCUAUAGUUUUAAAAUACAAACUGCAGGGAUACCAAAAGGUGGGGCGAGGGGCUGGGAAAUGUGAUUGUGAACAGUUUGUGAAAGCCUGAGAUGAUCAAACCACUGCUGAAGAUUGAGAGAGAUUUUAAUUUGGUAAUUAUUGAUAUAAUUCAGUAUUUAAGCGGUAUAUAAAUAGCUUAAAAAUAAAGACCCUGGAUAGUUACUAGUUGAGCUGUGACACAUGCUUUCCCUCAGUUCUGUCAUUGUAUUUGUUCCACAGCAAUCCUGCCAUCAGCUUUGUCUGUUUUCACACACACACACACACACACACACGGUAGUACUUGCUGUCAAAUGCCAGGUUUGAUCACAGGGUGUCUUGCAGUGGAAAGUCAUGGACCCUUUGGGGUCAGGUUUGAAAGCAGAGUAUUUGCUGUGAUUCAAAACCUCAUGCUAAUGUUUCCUGAACCCUUUUCUGGUCACAGAUGAAAAGGUUCAUAACUUAAAUUUGUUGUAUUUUUAAAAAAUACUUAAAGGUCAAGUGCUAAUUAAUAGGUUGCAGGCAAUGCUGCUCCUUUAUUCAUACAGUCUUGUUCAUAAAAUGUGGUAAUGUUAGGGGCACGAGGGCACCUUACAGAAGCCUUAAGAGAAAGCUAAUCAAAGCAGACAGCUCUAGAAGUUUGCUCCAUUGUGUGUGAAUAUGUACACUUUGUAUGUUUGUAUGAUUGUGUGUAUGUGUGUAUGUGUGCGAUCAGUGUUACAGCAUGAGGAUUGAUCAUGAGAACAUACUGAGGACUUGCACUUCUUGAAAAUAAUAUGCUUAUUGCUUUCCAAUGUAUGUAAACUAUUCUGCAAGGUAAAGGCAUUCAUACUUUAAUAAAAAAGGUUUGAAUUAAA